AUGGGUAAGACAAGUAAAGAUAAGAGAGAUUUAUAUUAUAGACGAGCGAAAGAAGAAGGAUGGAGAGCUAGAUCAGCUUAUAAAUUAUUACAAUUAGAUCAAGAAUUUAAUAUUUUAAAAAAUGUUUCAAGAGUUGUUGAUUUAUGUGCUGCACCAGGUUCUUGGUCUCAAGUAUUAAGUUCAAAAUUAGGUUCAUCAGCUAAAAUUGUUGCUGUUGAUUUACAACCAAUGACUCCCAUAGAUAAUGUGAUUACAAUACAAGCAGAUAUAACACAUCCAAAAACAUUACAACAAAUAUUACAACAAUUUAAUGGAGAAUUAGCUGAUUUUGUAUGUAGUGAUGGAGCACCAGAUGUUACUGGAUUACAUGAUUUAGAUGAAUAUAUUCAACAUCAAUUGGUAUGGGCAGCUAUGCAAUUAACUACAUGUAUAUUAAAACCAGGUGGUUGUUUUGUUGCUAAAAUUUUCAGAGGUAAAGAUAUUGAUUUAAUGUAUUCACAAAUGAAUAAAUUUUUUAAUAAAGUAAUUUGUGCAAAACCAAAAAGUUCAAGAGGUACUAGUUUAGAAGCAUUUAUUGUAUGUUUAGGGUAUAAACCAAUACCCAAUUGGGUACCACAACUAAAUUUAAAUCAACUGACUGAUGAAUUUUUUGAAGGUGUUUUAGGUGGUGAAGAAAGAUUAAUGGUUGAAUUUAUUAGUUGUGGAGGUGAUGAUGCUAUUGAUUCGGAUGCUACAUAUAACUUAGAUUUGGAUAAAGUUAGUCUAGAUCCUAUUCAAAUGCCAACGGCUCCACCUUAUAAAAAGGCAUUAGAAUUAAAAAGAAAAGGAGAAUUAGUUAGACGAGAGAUUAAAUAA